CUACAUUGUUCAUAUUUUCUGCCAAAAUUUGAAGUUUUGCUGUCAUUACUUUGUGUGGCAAUGUUUAAUUAAUAAUAAUGUCACUAGUUGAUUACAAUCUUUCCGAUGACGAUGAGGAGGAAUCACAUAACUCAGAUGAGUAUCACGGAUCAUCAGCAAAGAAAAGAUGUCUAAUUAGUUCGGCAAGCACAAAUGGUAAUCAAGAAAAAAGUGAGAAGGAUGAUGUGGAAAACACAGGUCGAGUUCGCACUUUUCCUCAUGAACGUGGUAAUUGGGCAACAUUCAUCUACGUUCCAGUACCAUUCAGCGACAGUAUACGUGAAAUUCAAAGUCAAAUAGCCAGUAGUUGUGAAAAGGAUUUGGAUGUGCAAUUACAUUUGAUUGAAUCAAUUCACAUAAGUCUAACUAGAACCGUUGUCCUGCAGCACCAUUGGAUUGAUGACUUCAAAAAGUCUAUAAGGGAGUGUAUCGUUGAUUUUAAAAGAUUCCCUACAAGCAUCGAUACACUAAGUGUUUACUGCAACGACGAUUGUACAACGACAUUUGUUGCUAUUGCUGUUCCGGAUGUUUACUGUGCUCCGCUGAAAGCUCUCGUUGAAAAGUUUGACCGUUGUCUAAGUGAAUACAAAUUACCAUUUUUCUAUGAGGACGCUUCCUUUCACGUCAGCAUAUUGUGGUGUGCGGGCAAUAAGAAAGCAAAAAUUCAAACGGAAAUCGACAAACUACAACAAAUGUUAAACGAGGCCAUCGAAGACGAUUGCGAUGACUAUCAAUUCGUUGUCAAUCGAAUAGAAUGUAAAAUCGGUAACAAAAUCUACGAUUACCCACUGCUAAGCUGACACCGGGCAAAAUAAAGCGUAGAAAACACUUUCGCAAAA